AAACCAUCACGUCGUUCUUCGUACAGCCACAACUAGAAGCUCAUUUUACAUGUUGUAAGGCCUGCCACGACUUUAUACAUGAUGCUUGGGCUUGGUAAAUAUGAUAGUGAUGAUGAUGGAGAGAAGAACAAACCUACUAGAAAGGAAAAUGCUACCUACAUUAAGGUAUUGCCUUCCCCGACGACGUUACCGAAUAAGCUUCAGAGUGUACCAAUCUCCAAAGAAGUCGCGCAUCGACCGUCGACGUUGAAAUUAGCAGGAGAAAACCGCACAGUAACUCCACUGCCUGCAUACCAAAAUGGACGAAUGGAUGUCCUUAUGAAGGAAGAGGCAACAGAAGGCCCUCUGGGACAAGAUUACAGGCCACUCUCGCCAGACGCUGCAAACAGUUCGCUGGUCCAACAACUGACCUUGCCUCCGGUUCCGGACCUCGGCGUCCCGCUCUCGCCUCCCGGUUCGCCGCCUCCAAAGUCGACCAAAUUGUUCGCUCAAUUCCUCAAGCUCAAGAGGGAUGGUAUUCAUUUCAACCAGAGACUCGCAAAGACACCUUCAAUUCGAAAUCCGAACCUGCUUAAGAAACAACUAGAAUUUGCAGGAAUCUCAGAAGAGGAACAGCACGACACUGCUAUGCCUCACAACAUUGUACCCACUGGAUUUCCAGUGUGUGCGUAUUGGGAAGAACUGAACAGAAUACGGGAUAGCAUUGAAAAGAAAACGGAAGCUCAGCAAGCGCAAGCGCACCGAGAGGCCGUAGACUUCGUGCCAGCUUUGAUUAAAUCUCGGGACGAAAUGGACCCAUACUGACCCCAAUACAGUCAGAGUUGGCUUAAGUACCAGCAUGGCUUCUCCUAUAGCGAAAUUUAACUAAGAUAAGGACUAAGAACUUAAGAAAAGUGGUAGUAAGUAUAUCUAAUAAGGAGAAUAAGCUAAGAUAAGAUUAAGUAUAGAUAUCUUAAUUAAUUUAUAGUAAUAUUAUUAGAUAGAAUAAUAUAGUAUAG